CAAUUAUUCCUCUUUCACAUUUUGGACUAUUAUCAAAUUAUUUCCUGCUUUUUAACUCAGCCCAAAAAGCAGUUUGCUUUUGUAUCUGUCUGGGAAUUCAAGAUGCUUCAUUGCUAAAACCUCUAUAAUAAAAAAGUUUGUAUCUUUCAUCAUAUUGCUGGAAGAUAAAAGAAAUUUUGGGCUUUCUUGAAAUUCGAAAGGAUGGGAAGAAGAGGACUAGAAGGCAUGUUUCUUUGGUAUCUGGUGUGCAUUUUUGUGAUAUCAGCUAAUGCAAUUGAUAUCAAGCAUUUGAACAUAUGGCCGAUGCCUAAAUCUGUGAGCUACGGAUACGGAAAUCUCCACCUCAGCAAUGAAUUUGAGCUCAGGACCGAUGGGAGCAAGUUUGCUGAUGCUUCCUCGAUUCUCAAGGAUGCAUUCAAGAGGUCCAUAGACAUCGUCAGAUCAACUCAUGUGAUUGAAUUUAACGCUUCCAAGGUUGAUCCUUCGUUGGUGCUGAAAGGAAUUCAUAUAGUAGUUUCCUCACCUUCUGAUGAGUUGCAGCACGGAACUGAUGAAUCGUAUAAGCUGCACGUCCCUGCUCAGGGAAAUCCACUUUAUGCACAUAUUGAGGCAAAAACUGUUUAUGGAGCUUUGCAUGGACUAGAGACAUUUAGCCAAGUCUGCCACUACAACAUUUCAUCAAGAGGAAUUCAAGUCCAUCAAGUUCCAUGGACCAUAGCUGAUCAACCGAGAUUCUCGUACAGAGGGCUUCUGAUAGAUACUUCACGGCAUUACCUUCCUGUUCCAGUCAUAAAGAAGGUCAUCGAUUCAAUGACUUACGCCAAGCUAAACGUGCUGCAUUGGCAUAUUGUAGAUACACAAUCCUUCCCACUCGAGCUACCAUCGUAUCCGAAGCUGUGGAAUGGAGCAUAUUCCAUACCAGAACGCUACUCGUUUGCUGAUGCUGAAGAGAUUGUAAGUUAUGCUAAGAGACGAGGGAUCAAUGUGUUAGCUGAAAUUGAUGUGCCCGGUCACGCUGAAUCCUGGGGGGUGGGAUAUCCUGCAUUAUGGCCUUCAAAAGAUUGUAAGCAGCCACUUGAUGUCAGCAAUGAGUUUACUUUCAAACUGAUCGAUGGGAUUCUCGCAGAUUUCAGUAAGAUCUUCAAGUACAAAUUCGUUCACUUGGGAGGCGAUGAAGUGAACACGAGUUGCUGGGAGACGACGCCUCAUGUUAAAAAAUGGCUGCACAAAAACCACAUGAAUGGAUCCAAGGCUUACGAGUAUUUCGUGUUGAGAGCACAGAAGAUCGCUCUCUCUCAUGGAUACGACAUCAUAAACUGGGAAGAGACUUUCAACAACUUCGGGAAAAAGUUGAACCCCAAAACCGUGGUUCAUAACUGGCUAGGCAGCAGUGUUGCUCAAAAUGUAGUCAAAGCAGGGCUCCGUUGCAUUGUGAGCAAUCAAGACAGCUGGUAUUUGGACCAUUUGGAUGCACUUUGGCAAGGUUUCUACUUGAAUGAGCCGCUGACAAACAUCACAGAUCCUAAGCAGCAAGCCUUGGUCCUCGGAGGUGAGGUGUGCGCGUGGGCUGAGCAUAUCGAUGCAUCCGACAUUGAGCAAACGAUUUGGCCACGAGCUGCAGCAGCUGCAGAGAGGCUAUGGACACCUUAUGACAAAUUAGCAAAGGAUCCGGAGAAGGUCAAGAGCCGAUUGUCGUAUUUCCGAUGUCUGCUGAAUCAAAGGGGAGUAGCUGCAGCUCCAUUGGAAGGACUUGGGAGAGAAGCACCAGUAGAGCCUGCUUCUUGUUAUUUGCAGUGAUAUAGUAUAUAGUUCUGCUACAAAUAUGAUAUGUUUACUGAACAUUUACAUUCAAAUGUAAAUGAAUUUGUUAUUGAUCACAACAUUUUCAGAUUGUAGCCACUCUUUUAUAAUGUUAUAACUUAUAUAGAAAGUAUGGCAAUAAAUAGUUGUUUUUUACUA